AUGUCUGAUGGAGACUGGAUAAAUGAUCCGAGUUUCAUGGGUGGGGCGUCGGGUGAUGAUUUUUUGAAUUCUAUAUUUGAUCAGAGUCAAGGUCAACCUCUGCAAUCUCAACAGCAGCCUCAACAGCAGCAGCCUCAGCAGCAAUUCGUCAUGAGGUCACAGUCAUCGGUGCCUAGUCAGCAAUCUCAGCCGCAGGAUGCGCAAACUAUGCCGCAGCAACCAGUACAGGAUACUCAGGACUUUAGUGGUUAUAUGAGGAAGCAGCAACUGCAACCACCGUCUCAACAAACAAAUGUGAAUAAUCAAGAAAUGCUAUUGAAGAUGAAACAGCAGAUUUACCGGCAGAAAAUGCAAGCUCAGGUGCAAAACCAAGCUCAGGCACAUGCACAGGCACAGGCACAGGCACAACAAACUUUUCAGUCUAGUAUGUCCUCUCACGGAUCGCCAAUGUCGUCCCAGAUGACAACACCUUUGCCUCAACAUGGCACCCCCUUGACUUCUACGGGUAAUUCCCAUAUGAAUACAAACAUGGGUGCUAAUUUCCCACCACAAAUUCAGCAGCAUCAACCACCACAGCAUCAGCAGAGACCCGCGUCUCAGCCGCAAGUUCAACUACACCCUCUGCAACGACAAGUUUCCCAACAGCUGCAGCAAAAGGUGCAACAACUGCAAUUUUCUCAGCAGCAGCAGCAAGAGCAGCAAAAACUCCAACAACAAAGACAAGCAAUGACAUCACAAUUCAACAGCGAGCUUUUCCAUACUUUGUUGUUUGAUUUUUUCCAGCGUCGAGGCAUUCCAAUAAAGGGCUUACCAGUUAUAAAUAAUAAGAGAAUAAAUUUAUUUAUGUUUUUUUUAUUAUGUUCCAAGUUAGGAGGCUUUCGCCAAUUGAAAAGAUUUUUGAAUCUAAGUCCGCAGCAACAACAGCUGCAACAAAAUCCCUGGGCUUUGAUUGCAUCGAGAUUGGGAUUAUAUGAAGGAUUAAAUUUGCAGGAACCUGGGGUUAAGGAAAAAAUCGUUAAUGAGGUUUGUAACUGUUAUGCUACAUUUAUUUUGCCAUACGAAGAAUAUAAUGGUACACCUGCAGGGCAAAGAGACCUAUUCCAAAGAAGACAAGUCUUUCAGAGUCAAAUAAUUUUGAAAUUGCAGCAACAAGCUCAGCAGGGUCAGCAGCAAGUUUCAAUGCAACCACCACAACAGUCACAGGAACAGGCCCAGGUACAGGCUCAGGCUCAGGCUCAACAGCAAGCUAAGGCACAACCCAGCCAAAUUCAGCAAUUGCAAUCAAAGCAUCAACCCCAGGCCUUUUCGCCAGCAGCAAAUAUCCCUACUCCAAUUGGUGGUCAACCUACGCAUCAAAGUCCUAUCAUCAGUAGCGCACCAACUCCUCAACAAAGGAAACUUUCGCGAGCCAGCAAUCCUUCCACGCAUAAUUCGCCUAGAAUCAAUUCACCAUAUGUUCAAAACCAACAAAAUCAACAAUUUAGACAACAACCAUUGAACCAGCAGCAACAGCAAAUUAUAUUUCAGCAGCAACAACAGCAGCUCCUACAACAACGUCAACAACAACAACAACAACAACAACAACAACAACAACAACAACAACAACAACAACAACAACAACAACAAUCUCAACCUCAACCUCAACCUCAACCUCAGCUUCAACAGCAACAACAACUGCAGCAACUGCUACCACAAUUACCACAGCAACAACCUUUGCAAGUUCUGCCUCUGCAACAAUUUCAGCCCCAUCCACAAGCUCAACAAAGAGUUCAACAACAACAACAACAACAACAACAACAACCGCCAUAUCAGAAAUUUUCACAACAACCGCAACAGCUGCCAGUACAACCUCAACCCCAACCUCACACUCAACCCCAACCCCACACUCAACCUCACACUCAACCUCACACUCAACCUCAAACUCAACCUCAAACUCAACCUCAAACUCAACCCCAACCUCAAUUUCAACCUCAAUUUCAACCUCAACCUCAUCAACCUCAACCUCAACCUCAACCUCAUCAACCUCAGCCUCAACCUAAGAGGGUAAUGCGUCAGGAGUCUCAAGCAGCAAGUGGUAUUCAUUAUAUGAAGAACGAAGUAUCUAAAGAGGAAGCUAAUGUACUUCGAAACUAUGUACCCUACAAAAGAACAGUUGAGGCUCAUGGAUUUUAUGUAAUGAAAGAGUUAUCGAGUUUGGCGAGUGAGAUUGAAGUGACGAAACCUAUUUAUUUAUUUGCGCCGGAAUUGGGUAUGAUCAAUUUACAAGCAUUGAUUAUGUCAAUCAAAAGCAAUCAUGGUGUUCAAAGCGCAGAAGUAGUUAAUGCGUUAAAUACAUUGUUAGUGACUUCUUCGGAUAAUAAUUAUUCACUUCAUAUUCGUGACUGCAUGGAUUUGUUGGACUCGUUGAGCGAAUUGGGGCAGGAAGUAUUGCACAAGAUCAUUUAUGGUGAAUCUAGUACUGAAGACAUUGUUGAAGAGAAUGUCGACAACUUGAGCUUUCAGAGCAAAAUCGAUAAGAUUUUUGCAAAAUAUGUAAGUGAUCAGGGGGAAGACAUUCUGUAUGUUGUAAAUUCUUUAACUGGUGAGGUAGUAUCAGAUGAAGGAGAUGCUAUCAAUGAAUUGUUUGACAUUGAAGAACCAACAACUCCAGUUACACCUCCAGGCGCACCAGAGGAAAUUAGCGAGUUUGUUAUUGAUGAUUAUUCAAAAGCAUUGCAAAUUUUUAAAGCUGAGAACAAGGACCAUUUUAGUAAAUUGCAAGCCAAAAGCGGUAAUGAUGAUCAAAUCAUGUUGAUUGAUGAGUUGAUUACGAUCACGAUGAUAUUGAGGAAUAUUUCAUUUCUGGAAUUCAACAAGGAAGCAAUGGCAAAUAAUCGAAUAUUUAAAGAUCUUUUGUUUUCGGUGGUGAAAAAUAUUGGAUUGCAUAGAGACAAAUUCAGAUUCAGUAGAAAGAGAUUAUGCUUGCUUAAAGAUUGUCUUUUAAUGUUGGAUAAUAUUGCAUUUUUUACCCAUUUACAAUCUUUGGAGGAAGCGUUUUUAGCAUUUGUUUUAAUUGGCAGUUUUGGACCGGCCAUCACCGACAGAUGGACUAUUCCACGAUGCAAUUUGGAUACUCAUUCAUAUUUUCCAUUUGGUAUUGAUGCUUUAACGAAAUUGUUAGUGAGAGAACCUUACAACAGAUCACUUUUACAAGCUGUGUUGAAUGGUACACUAAAUUUAGGGUUGACCACUAGCUAUACUAAUACGUUUGUAGUUAGCCAACAAGACCAGGACUUUACCAAGAAAUUAGUCUCAUUAUACCUUGGAAAAGAUGCUGGAGAGUACAAAGCGGGUAUAUUGCUAACUAGGGCAUUUCAACUAUAUAUGAGUAUCAUUCCAUUUGAUGCCAAUAGUUUUGAGUUUUCGAAAUUUGUGUUUAUUAGGGCUCCAACUGUGUCGCAGAUGCUAUUUGGACUCAAGUUGAUUGUAGACAUGGCGCCCAUUGAAGACUUGCAUUCUUCCUUGAACAAGCUAACAUUAUUUUGGAUAUUUAAGAAUCGUGAACUAAUCUUGGGUAAUUUUGCAAGAAUACUAGUGGCACUUUCAUCGGAAACGGGUAAAUUCCCAAGAGAAACACCAGAACACUCGAUAUUAUCGUCAUGUUUAACCAAAGCUUUAGUUUUGGUAAACACGCUAGUGAAAAAUGCCGUUCUUGCCAAAAGAAUUGAAGAGACAACUCACCACCAUACAGAGUUGAUUAACAAAUUGACCGAUUGUUAUGCAUUUCCCAGAAUCAUACCGGAUACUCACUUGACGUUGGAUACAUUUCUAGCACCAACAAUUGAUAAUAGUUUGGGUGAAGAGAUCAUUAAGCUUUUAAAACAUUUGAAGAAUCUAAAGGCCUUUUGUCAAAGGGCAGAUUUUUCGUACCUUGAGGUUCAAAUAACCUUGGUUGGCCCUUUGAUUUUUGUUGGUAAAGAAUUGCAAUUCAACGAGAUCAUGAGUAGUACCGCUCAAUUGGGGGAUUCAGUGAUCUCACCAGCUUUGGCAAGCGAGCAAACAUUACCAGCAAGUUGGUGGCAUUCAGAAAAGAUAUUUGAGUUGGAGAAAAGAGCCAUUUUCCACAAGGCAUGGUUGUUUUGUAUUCAUGAAAGUCGUUUUGAAAGGGUAGGUGAUUACUAUGCUUUCAAUGCUCAUGGCAUCAAUUUCUUUUUAAUUAAAUCAAAAGCUGAUGGUGCAAUUAAGGCCUUUCACAAUUUUUGUCGUCACAGGGCAUUCCCAAUAGUUAGAAAACAGUCAGGUUCGAGUACAGUUUUAGGUUGUAAGUACCAUGGAUGGAGUUACAACUCAAACGGUAAAUUGAUAAAAGCUCCUCAAUUUGAUAAUGUUGACGGUUUUAGCAAGGAGGAGAACUCACUAUUUCCAAUCAAUACCCACGUUACUCCUCAAGGUUUGGUAUUUGUCAAUUUCAGUAAAAAUCCUAUGCCAUUCACCGAGUGGUUUUCAGGAUUAACUGAAGAGAUGAAUGAUUUUGACUUUGCUGAUUAUGAGUAUUACAUGUCCUUUGAAUUGCAUGGAGAUUUCAAUUGGAAAACAUUGGUAGAUGGCUAUCAAGAGUGCUAUCAUUGCCCCACUGCUCAUCCUACUCUUAGCUUAGCAUUCAAAAUGGAAACUUAUGAAGUUGUGUCCAAAAACAGAUAUUGUCGUCAUUAUGCUUCAAACGUUAAAAAUGAAUCAAAAGAGGAAGUUGACAAGGUACCUCAAAACCUAUCGUCGUGGUUUAGAUUUGGCAAGAAAACACAAGAAGCUCCAUCUUUAAGGAAAUGCAAUCCAGGAGGAGAGUUUGACGGUUUGUGGGUCUAUCUUUUCCCCAACAAUGGUAUCAAUUGUUAUUCACCAGCGUGGUAUUCCAUUCGCGUAUUACCAUUGAGUGCUACAAAGACAACAUUGCAAUACGAUAUAUACACAAGAAAGGCACUUGACGACAGAGAGAAAACAGAGUUUGUUGAUUUCUUGCAACAAGUUGAGAAGGAAGAUUACGAUUUAUGUACAUUGACUCAAAAGAAUUUAAAUGAAGGUAUUUAUACUACUGGUCGCUUACAUCCUCAAAAGGAAAAUGGCGUAUUGUUUUAUCAAGGUUUGGUUCGUGAUAUGGUCAAAGAGCACUACAAAUUAGAACAAGAAAUUGGCGGUCCAAUUGACUCUGCUGCUAUAAAUGGCAACUCUAACGUCAACAAUAAAGAAUUCAUGGAAUUGGAGCUGAUUUGUCAAAAUGCUGAAUGCGCAUCCCGUGGCAAGCGGGAAUUUAACUGGUGA